CCAAAAGCUUCUUCCCGCUUUCUCAUCCCCGCAUCACCGCGAAAUCGACAGCAUACAGCGAGCAUGGUCAUCGAUGCAAAGAUCAAGUCAGCUGCACAAGAGUGGCUUCGUCAAGAUCCAGAUGAGUCCACUCAAAAACAGCUCAAGGAUCUGCUCGAGAGAGAAGACGCUGAGGCCCUGCAACAGGCCUUCGGGAGCCGCCUGGCUUUUGGCACGGCCGGCUUGAGAGGCGUCAUGGGUGUAGGACCCAACAAUAUGAACCGCCUGCUCAUCCGCCAAGCCAGCGCCGGGCUGGCUCACUACCUCCUGGAAGUGCAGCCUCACUCAAAGGCCAAGGAGCAGAGCGUCGUGAUAGCCUACGAUGGUCGCCACGGCAGUAAAAUCUUUGCGCAAGAUGCCGCUGGAAUCUUUGCGGCCCUCGGUCUGAAGGUCCGCCUCUUCGAUCGCGAAGCCCCUACACCCUUGGGAGCCUUCGCUGUCAAGAGCUUGGGCACGGCUGCCGGAGUGGUUGUGACUGCAUCGCACAACCCGCCUGCCUUCAAUGGGUACAAAGUGUACCAGACUGGGGGAACGCAGAUCAAUGCGCCAGUUGAUGGGCUCAUUGCGGGACACAUCGAGAAGGUGGCUGCCUCAGGUGAAGGGCCAAAGUGCUUGAGCUUGGACGAGGCCGAGAAGGCUGGGCUGCUCUCGUACCUUGGUGUCGACACAUUCGAAGACUACGCGCGUCAUGUCACUGCCUUCCUGUCCCCAAAUAAGCCGUCGUCAGAACAACUCGCCCGUCGUCACGCCAUCAAGAUCGCCUACACCCCAAUGCACGGCGUAGGCGAUCCAGUAGCCCAGUCCAUCUUCUCGCAAGCAGGCUUCGAUCAAGUCUGGACGGUAGACGAGCAACGUCGUCCGGACGGUGACUUUCCCACAGUCAAGUUCCCGAAUCCGGAAGAGCCAGGAGCAAUGGACCUCGUGCACGCGUUGGCCGACAAACAUGGUGCGCAUAUCGCCAUUGCGAACGACCCCGAUGCCGACAGGUUGAGCGUAUCAGCGAGGAACAAGCAGGGCGAGAUGAAGCAGAUGACUGGAGAUCACAUUGGCACGAUUCUAGGCGAUGAGCUACUCAGACGCGCUAAAGCGGCAGGUCGGGACAUGAGCACCGUCUGGUCCCUCAGCACCAUUGUCUCGUCGCGCCUGCUCGCCCGCCUGGCCCAGGCUACAGGCUCCAAGCACCAAGAGACCCUCACCGGAUUCAAGUGGCUGGGCGCAGUAGCGCAGCGCUUGCAAGAUCAGCAAGGCCAGCAAUUUGCAUUUGCGUACGAGGAGGCAUUGGGCUAUAUGGUGACGAACGAGGUAUGGGACAAAGACGGACUGUCUGCCCUGCUCCUGCUCUCGCUUCUGGCUGCAGAGCUACAUGAGCAGGGUGAGACGCUCUGGACGCGCUUGGAGCAUAUCCAUCGCAGCUGCGGUGUGAGUGUCACUUUCCCUCGUACCAUCCCGCUGGGCGCAGGCGUUACAGGAGAUGGAAUCAUGGGCAAGCUGCGCGGCAACCUCCCUAAGACAGUGGCUGGCAGGCCGGUGGCACUUGUUGAUGACUUGCUCGAGAGGCCCAAGGAGCCUACUGACCCGACGGGCAUCCCGCGCAACGAUGUACUGCGCUUCUACAUUGGAGAGGCGGACGGUAAGAGCCGGCGUGACAUUGAGUUGACGCUGCCCCGGGUCAUCAUCAGGCCUUCAGGAACUGAGCCAAAAGUCAAGGUUUACGCGGAGAGCCGCAUCGAGACCCUGUCAGAGGGGGCGUCGUAUGAAGCCAAGCUCGCAGAGCUCGAAAAGGACCUCGCCGAGAUUGCGGACGCCUUCAAGGCGCUGGUGGCGUGACGAGCUCAGCUGCAAUAGAACAGGGUAUAGACCUGCAUUGUCAUUGAAGUCGCCUUUCUAUUGCUGCAUUGCCUCCCCCUCGAAAGUCCCUCUCGUCUUCCACCACAACCUUCCCGACUCAUAG